GGUUCCGGCCGUUGCUAAGGGCGGCCCGGCCGCCAUGGCGGGGAAUCGCCUGCACAAGGCUGGGAGCGUGUUCAGCCGGACCCGGAACCUUCUCCGCAUGGGAGUGAUCAAGAAGCCGCUGUGGUUCGACGUGUACGCCGCCUUCCCCCCGCUGAGGGAGCCCGUGUACCGGGUGCCGCGGCCGCGCUACGGCAAGGUGAAGGAUGUCAUCCGUCCCAUCUUCUACCACGAGGACGAAGUGCGAGCGAGAUUUUACAGAGUUUAUGGUAAUGGUCCAAAACCUUUUGACCUGUCCCAGUUAAACUACAAAUCUGUCUGCCAGAGGUUUGUUGAGAAAUUCAAUGAACUGAAGGAAGAAGGAAAAGUUGAAGAGGAAAAGUUGUUUGAAGAAACAGGAAAAGCCCUUUUGGCCAGUGGGAUAAUUUUACAGAGAAGAGGAACAGACAGAGUCACACAACAGGGGCAGCAGGACGCUGAAACCAAAGACCCUGCCUUACACCUGCAGCUUCAAACUGUGCUGGAGGAGAUGCAGAAGAAGAAAGACCAUGAAGAGCAGACUGCAGAGCUGUUGGGAACAAGUAAGGAGAGCCCCUCGUGAGCACCGUGCCGCUGUGUGCUCGGGCCCGGGCAGCUGCCACGCUGCUGGCAGCCACAGCUCUGCCACCACAGCCUGCUGGCUGCAGGGCAGGUCCCCAGGGGCACUGGGACUCUGUUCCCAGCCUCCAUCAUCACAGGGCUGAUAUGUUCUUGUUGUUUCCAUCUCCACAUUGAUAACAUUGGAGGUGAUAGCUUUGGUUUGAGGCUGAAGAAUUCCCUCUCAGCUCAUGGGCUGGAAAAUGAAUGGGGCAGUGAAAGAAUUAAACAUUUACUUUAAAAGCUGGAA